AUGGCCGACGACCGCGACGUCGUCCAGUCCGGCGCGAUCUUCCGCAUGAAGCAAGCGGACCUCCGAUGGCGGAGCCCGAUGCCCAUGAGCAUGCUGAAGAAGAGCUCGAUAGGCGUGGACCGCGAGCUGCAUCCGGCGACGCCGACCAAGGCUCAGGCAAGCACUGGCAGCUCGACACCCCGGAGUGCGUUCGACUCACUGUGCCUGCGCAGCCCGCUGCCCAAGGUUCUGCUGCAAAAGCUACAGGGCUCGGCGCAGAAGGCGGAUGCAACCAAGUCGCCGUUUGCAUCUGCGAUCAAGACGCCGCCGACGCAGAAGAAGAUCAAGCUCGUCUUCAAGCCGGCAUCGGCCAUGAAGAUGACGCCAAGCGAAGCCAAGCUAGUGGCGCACGCGAGCCCAAUGAUCGACCCCAAGUACGAGACUCCGACAAAGGCGAUGCGGCCGCCGGUGCAGACCCCGGUCGAGACGAAGACGCGCAUAAAGGACAGUACACCGCUCGGCCUCUCGGACCAAUUGGCGCUCCUGCAGCGCCAGAAGCGACAGAAGAGCGGGACGCCGUCGGCCACCAAGCCCGUCGCGGUGGCAUCGACGACCAUCGAGUUCUUCAACACGCCUCAGAAGACCAAGCCGCGCGAUGCAACGCCGAGCCCCGCGCAAGCUGCAGCGUCACAUGCUGUGGCCGAAGCGAUGGCGGCGGUGCCAAUGACGCCUGUGACAGUGACGCCUGUGACAAUGACGCCGACCAAGCUGGACGAAGGACCGACCAACUCAUUCUUGUCACCGCCAACGGCGCAAUUCCACACACCUUCAACGACACGGAAACGAACGCAGCGGUCGCCAAGUCCUAGCGACGUCGCCCCGCGGUCCGCCAAGCGCACGCUGCUCGUGUCGCCUGCCAAGACCACCGAAGCGAGGACAUUGCCACCGCCACUUGCACUCAAAGCUGCGACGCCGACGAAGCCCAAGACUCCCCCAAGAAAGGCCAAGACGCCACCAGCAAAGGCCAAAACUCCAAUGACCAAGCCGCCGCGAACCCCGGGCAAGCUAAAGACGCUCAAGCCAAAACCACCGACGCCAGCACCGACUCCCGUGGCAUCGGUUCGAGCGUCUCCCACCACACCCUCCAAGGCGGUUCAAGCUCCAACGCUCCUUCUUCCACGACCCAAAACGCCCAAGCAAGCGACAGCAUCGAAUGCAACCACGCAGCCUCCGUCGACACCGACGCCCACCAACCGCAGCGGCACGAUCGCUGUGCCCAGUCCAUCGCCAGCCCUGUCGCGCAAGCCGACGCCGAUCAAGACAGCGACCAAAGUAGCACCGUCGCCGCGCCAGACAAGCCCGAUCGUUGAGCCGGAGGACAUAUCGGUGGAGCGUGACGACGAAGAGGUCGCUUUCGAGUAUGGUGGAGGCAGUCCUGCGUCGUCCGAGGCCGAGGCGCUGCCGACACCGCCGAAAAGGCCAGCGCCGAUCAAAGUGGCGACGCCAAAGACGCUGCCCAAGCGCUCCGUGGCCAAGGCGACGCCGACAAGCACGCGCAAACGACUCAAACUACCGGACGCUGUGGUUCCUGCCGCGGACGCGAGCGACGACGACGAUUUGCCGAUGCUGGUCACCUCGAGCCCGGCGCAGACGGUGCCGCAAGUCGAGAGCACUGACGCUGCACCGUUUCCGAUGAAAGACAGACGUGUCGACCCGUUGGCCAAGCACUUUACCUUUCAGAGCGUGUCUUCAAGCGACGAUGCCAGUGGUGACGACGACGACGAUGACGACGAUGACGACGAUGACGACGAUGACGACGAUGACGACGACGAUGACGAUGUCAAAGACGAUGAUGAUGGCGCGUCACGCAGUAUCAGCGAUGAGUUUGUCAAGGAAAUGCGUGGCCUCAACGAGAGCGACCUCGUGGUCGACGAAAAGUCAGUCGAGCUGCACAAGUGGAGUGUCGUGUGGCCGCCCCGCAUGAAGAGCGCGACCAACCUCAUCCUCACCGUGCGUGGGUGCGACGGCAGCAAGGACGGUCCACUGGUUAGUGUCGUAUACAAGUCGUACCAGUCGCCACGGCACUUUCUAUCGGCGGCCGGCGAAGCAGUGCAUUUGGUCGGCACGAUGGCCACCAAGUCGGUGCCGAUCCCGUCAGUUCGCACGUUCUUCAAAGCCGGCAUCCCGCGCACGUGGCGCGCCAAAGUCCCCAGUCUCCUCGUCGUCUCGGACAAGGGCGAGGAGAAGGGCAAGAAGCGCGUCAUUAGCUCCCUCGGCGCCUUCCUGGACGCGCCGCCAGAGAGCGACACACCAGCGCCCAAAGUCAAGGUCGAGAAGCCAGCCAAGAGGCACCAGAAGACCGACAGUGACGCGUGGACGCCAGUGCAAGUCGCGCAGCUCAAGCAAGCCAUCCAAAUGCUUCCGGCGAGCACGCCCGAGUACUGGGCCAAGAUUGCUCGCGCCGUCGAAGGCAAGACGGGCGACGAGUGCCAGCGCAAGCAGUUUGAAGCGCUGGGGUCUGCCAAGAAGCCGAAAGCACCCGCUGCGACCGGGCGGCUCCAGGAAAAGCUCUCGCGCGCCGGCACGAUCAAGCGCAAGAUCCAAGUGCGUCAGUUUGUCCACGAUUUGGAGCAAAAGACGGCCGACGACGUGUACACGCCGCGCAAGCACGUGCCGGCGACGGACCUCGAUGCGCUCGCGUCACCGCAGUCCAACAAGAAGGUCAAGCGCACGUACGCGGCGGCGUCAAGCGUCGGCAGUAGCGACGACGACGACGCCGACGACGACACGCUAUUUUCUCCCAUCACGUUUGGGAAGCGCAACGAAGUCGACUCGUACAUCAACCAGCUGACCAAACAAGCUCGGAAGCCGGUGACACGAAAGGCGGCGCCAAGUCGACCGACCGAAGACAGCCGGACGUCGAUGGCGAUGGAGGCCAAGGUCGGUGCUCACUCGCUCGUGGGCACGAUGACCCCGAACGGCACAACGCGCCUCCGCCUCUCGCGCGACAGUGACUUUAGCGACUCGGUGGAUAUCUCGUACGACCUCGACCACGCCGACGACUCGUCCGACGACGACGACGAAGCCAGCGACUUUGCCGACGACAACUAA